AGCCCGUAGUACAAUAUCUUAUCUAGGGUUUUCGACCUCGUUAAACCUUUGAACGGAGCAGAAGUACAUAGACUCUCGAUCCCUCUCACGUUUAGUUUUUCUUUUCUGUUUGGAUUCACAGUAUUCAAUUGCUUCCUCUUUUCAUUUUGUAAUUGUGAAGCGUUGAGAGGUUUUGAGAAUGGGGUCGCGGAAGCGAUCGAGAAAAACAAGAGACAGUGAUAGCGAUUUGGAAGACUUGGAUGAUAUGGAAAAUGAUAAUUUGAUGAUGGAAGAAGAAAUGAGUGACGAUUAUGACGAUGACGAUGAAGAAGAAGAUGGAGAAUCAGAGGAAGAGAAAGAGAAUGAUAAAGAUGCUGAGUUGGAAGACCUUGAGAAAGACUAUGAGAAUCUUCGUAAUGAAGAGCUGGAUAUAUUGAAGAAUCUCAAACGCCAUAAGGAUGAAGAUCUUCUUAAAGGUCAAGCAGUGAAGAACCAAAAGGCUCUCUGGGACAAAACUCUUGAGUUUAGAUUCUUACUUCAAAAAGCAUUUUCGGGUGCAAAUAGAUUGCCACAGGAACCAGUUAGGUCUUCUUUUUGUGAUUCAGAUGAAGGGGUUAGGUCGGCUUAUUCUGAUCUGAUUACCUCGUCCAGAAAAACUUUGGAAUCUCUACUAGGAUUACAAGAGGCUUUGCUUGAGAAGAAUCCAUCAAUUUCUCAAUCUUUCGACAGUAAUUCUGCAAAGAAGCAUUCAAAAGAUUCUAAGAAUUCAGAUAUGGAAACUGAGGAAGAGUGGUGGCGUAUUUCUCAAAUGCAUAGCAGAAUAACUCCUUUCAGAGACAAAUCAAUUGAUAAAUGGCAGAGGAAAACCCGGGUGACAACUGGUGCUGCUGCUAUUAAAAGCAAAUUGCAAGCUUUUAACCAGGAUAUCAGUGAACAAGUUGCUUCUUAUAUGAGGGAUCCUAGUAGAAUGACAAAGCAAAUGCAGCUAAGCAGAUCAACUGUUGGUGUAUUUGGAACUGUUCUUGAGCAGCCAGGAAUUACCAAGGGAGAGGAAGCAAGCCCUGAUGGUGACCCUGAACUCCUUGACGACUCUGAAUUUUAUCAGCAGUUGCUGAAGGAAUUUUUUGAGACGAUCGACCCCUCAUCUUCUGAGACGGCCUUCUAUGCUUUGAAAAAAUUGCGAACUAAGAAGAGAAAGCUUGUUGAUCGACGUGCCUCUAAGAGUCGUAAAAUCAGGUACAAUGUCCAUGAGAAGAUAGUCAAUUUCAUGGCUCCUCGGCCCAUGGACAUUCCUCCUAUGGCUCCUAAGUUAUUUGAAAAUUUGUUUGGACUUAAGACACAACGACUAGCUUCUGCAGUUUAAUUUUGUACCAACUACAGUAGUAUCUGAUCUCGGUUUUAUAGUAAUUGGAGGUUUAUCCGAGUUAAAAUUCAAA